GUCCUGUACCUCACGCUCAUGACCAUGAGCCCUACACUCCUCUCUAUGAGCAUCCACAAAUGUUAUCUCCGACCUCCGCCACGCCAACGAGAUCGACUGCCGAUUUAGGAGAUAUUGUAACUAAUCAGCCCCCACAUGAGGCUGUGGUGGAGAAUGAUAGCACAGCUUCUCACUCUGGAUGUCCUGACCUGAUGACACUUCGUGUCUCCCCACCAAAGCGCUUCCUUGGACUCAAGCACCUGCUGUCCAAGCCUCGCACCGUAACCCCUUCUCCCGUACAAACUCCCCGCGCUUCCACGCUUCGCCCUUCUACAAACCUGACCAAACCCGUAAUUCCUCAUAAGCAUAUCUGUAGCCCCUCUAGCCGUGCAACUCAGUUCCCUGGCAGGGUCUCUCAACCACAGCUACCGUUACGUAAUCCUGGACCCUAUCAAGUUCCGCCCCUCUGGAAUCCUGCAUACUAUGUGCCUGGGAUCCCUUUUCAGCAACUACCUACUCCAUCACAGCCUCCGCCCCAUCCGAAGCCACGUGCAGCCCCACCUCCACGACCUUUAGCUGCAUCUCCACUUCCUACUCCAAACCCCCUUCAACUACAGCCAACGCAGAGGAAUCCUGCUCACUCCCAACGGAGCUCACCCCUCCCAGAGAAGACCACUUGGGUAUCCACAGAACAGACCAAACAACUUGUACUAGUAGGUUGUACCUAUUUACAACCUGCCCCCUCCCCCGCCUCUAUUGCUGAUCUUUCCCGUAUCAUCUCCACUGCGCAUGCCCUUCCUCAUCCAUCUAAACUUCUGUUGGGUGUCUACAAUCUGCCGGAAAUCUCCUGCUCCUCUACCAUUGGCCCCGCCCCUUACACCGCGCUGCUUGCGCAACUUGGUGUAGAGGGCUGGUCCCAAAUUGUGCGUAGUCCCACUCGGGGCCUACAUACUCUGGACCUAAUAUUCUCCAACGAUGGCCAUUUGGCCACAGCUGCAGUCGGCCCAAGCUUCCCAGGAAGUGACACCUGUGUUGUCUCUACCAACGUAGUCAGUUAUGGCCAAGCUGCUCCUCUGAGUCCAUCCAUGUUCCAUCUACUCUCACCGGAUAUUUUACGGGCUUUUUCGUCCACGCUGGCUUCCCCGGAUUCAGGUGCCCUCCUGCAGCAGGUUGAAAGCUCAGAUAUCAUUAUUGUUGCUGAUGAUUUGAACGCCCAGCUUCACGCUGUCCUACGUUUUUUUUACAUUUUUGCAGCCCGUUUGUCUUCAAUGUCCGAUUGUUCUUGUCAAAGGGAAGAUCAAAUUGAGUCUCCAUGGGCAAAUUCAGAUUGCAAUGUAGUGGUGACCGGGGCGAGUCGAGGGUUCGGGCGUGCACUUUGUCUGAAGUUAACGGAAGCCCUGUCGAAGGAGCCUGGUGCUGCGCGCUCAAUAAAUAUGCUGCUCAUGGCCCGUGAUCUGGAAGCUUUGAAUCGAACAAAGGAGCAGGUGGUCAUGUCGAAAGCACCCAAAUCACCGACCACGAUUAAUGUGCUGAUUUCCAGGCCUGGUUUAGACAUGGUCAACAUUUCGGAACAAGCAGCACGUGCCGCACUGCAGCCAUUAUUUGAUUUGAAUCCCGUCGACCAGUUGGAAAAAGUGGCUCAGUGGAAUUUGUUGGUCCACAACGCCGCGACAAUAGGUAGUACCGUUAUUCGCGCAGAUGAGCGUACCUCGGUUGCAAGCCUGGAAGACUACUAUCGCGCAAACCUUUUGGCCCCUAUGAUCAUCACAAGUUUGUUUCUAAACUACUUCGCCCCGUUUGGUUCGGUUCAUCCUCCAGUGAUUGUUCUCAACGUGAGCAGCCUGUUUGCUAUGCAACCCUGUUCUCUGAUGAGUGACUACUGUGUUGGAAAGGCUGCGCGGCAUAUGUAUCUAAAGUCCUUAAGUACCGAUCGGCCAACGGUAGCUGUAUUCAACUAUUGCCCAGGGCCGCUGGACACGGAUAUGUUCAACGAAAUGCUGGUGGGUCAUGCCGAUCCUGAGCGUCGGGCUUGGGCUGAAAAUUUGAAAAAGAGCGGCGGUUUGCUCAUGCCGGAAGAGUCAGCGCGGGUCUGCAUGUCUUGGCUCCGACGAUGCCACUACAAUUUCAGUCGUGAUGGUGACGGUGUGAAACUUCGACCCGAGUCCAUAGUUUGUCCAAUACACCAGAAGCAGUACAUGGAUGUCUGGACGGGCACCAAUUUGGAUUACUACGAUGCUCUGGCGAUAGAGCAGGCUUUGAUCAAACAGCCGGCUUAACUGCAACUCAGCGAAAGCAUUAAUUUCGUCUUUUAAUUCACUGUCACGCUCUUCGCGUGUAUGAUUAUUUAUACGACUAUCAUUGUUCUUUAACGUACAUUGGGCUUGAUGUACUUCGCUUCUGCAAUCUGUUUAAUAUCUGUCUGUGAUUUUUUCCUCAACUGAUUCCACUUCUAGCUGCGUUCAUUUUGUGUACAUUCGAUCGGUACGGUCUUU